AAGUUGUGGCAAUUGUGUGGAUUAGAUAAUGCUUUAUAAACGAAAGUCUAGAAGUGGUCAUGUUUGGUGUCCAAUAAUUCAUACUACCAUUUGAAUUUAUCUCCGUUUUCGAGGUGCAAAUAAAAAUCAAAAGACGAAAUUUAAACGGUACAUUUUGCGACCGUUCGACUACUGUUGCUCGACAAACUAUUAAAUUUUUUGAAAAAGAAAAUCUUUUUUUUUAAGCGCUAGACGAUUCAGUUUUUCUUCAAUCAGAACGUGAUAUUCUCACCAGAAAAAUUGCAGUCUUCCGUUUGAUUAAGAAAUGUUUCAUGCCACAAAAACUGGUCGGGAACCUUCAUUGCACAUCAUCAAAAUGGGCUACGAAAUCACUUCAUUCGUGGGCCAAGUUGACAAGGAGUUUGUAUGCCCUAUUUGUAUGAUGGUAGUGGAACAGCCGCUUGAGUUACCGUGCGAACACAUUUUCUGUGCAAAAUGCAUUAUAGAGUGGACAUCGCUCAACAACAGUUGCCCGGUUGAUCGUCGAGAGCUACAUGCGAACAAUUUGAAAACACCACCCCGAUUCUAUCGCAAUUUGUGGAGUAAAUUGGAAGUGAGGUGUCACAUGGAUUCCAUGGGAUGCGAUACCAUUGUACCAUUAGAGAAUCUAAAAUCUCAUCUGACGGUCUGCACGUACAAACCUAAUAUGACGGUCGUAUGUGACAAAGGUUGCAAUUUAGUAAUGACUCGCCUCGAAUACCAGAAAAGUUGCUUCGCACAUUUGUCCACAUAUUUGUCGGAUAAAUUCGAAAAAGAACUGGAAGAGAUGAAGAAUCAGAUCGAGCAGCUAAACGGUAAAAUCAAUCGUCAAGGUGAAUCAAUGGCCAGACUAGUCGCUAGAACCUCGGCAGCAACACCGAAACUCACCUGGAGAAGAAUUUACAACAUGAACAUGUCGUCUGAUGAACCCAACAUUUUGGAACCAUUGAAUACGAACAGCUUUUGCUGGGCCUUUGUCCAAUUUACCAGACUGGAAACGUCAACUACUUCGUGCCGAAUUCAAGUGAUGAACAUAGGCGACGAUGAAUAUGUUGUAAUCGGACUGGCACACCACAAACACUUUGAUGAACUGCCCGGUCAUCGAGUGGGAUCGAUUGGUUAUUACAGCCGAGGAGAAAUUGUGGUUAAUGGGAAGGCCGAAGUUGGAUUGGAGAAAUGGAAAAAUGGGGACAUCAUCGAGUGCGGCGUUCUAUUCCAGAAUAAUUCAUUGAAUGACGAUUUCGUGACAGGCGAAGUGUACUUUUCCAUUAAUCGGAAAACUGUUACGAAGAAAAAGAUGAAAAUACCGCACGAUGGAUUUUUCCCGACCAUUCGUAUGGGUAGCUUUAGCAAAUCGGUUCCGAAAGUCGAGUAUUUGACGCAAUAACUAAGGCUUUUGUGUAGAGUACAUUUUUUAGUUUCGCUAUAGUUGUCGUUUUAUUUAUUUUAUUUAGUUUUUGACAUCACAUUUGAACUUUAAGAAUAUGACUAAGCGAAAUAUUUCUCAUUCGGAUCAUUCGAAUUAUUUGUA